AUGGCGCUGCACGUACAUUGUUCGCAGAUUUGCAGAUUCUGUUUGAGCCAGGAUUGGGAUAAAUUGGUGCAGCUAAACACGAUUAUAAACAGUACACUCACGUUGCAGGAUAUUAAACGAUUUACCGGAAUUAAGAACCUUGAAGAGGAAAACAAACCGUACGUACUUUGCGGGGAUUGCCAUAUAAAGUUGAUCAACUCCGUCACGUUCCGACACAGCUGCUUGGCAAAUGAAGCGUUCUUCAGAGAGUUUUGCUUGGGAUUCGAAGAACUUGCGGACAGCCAUGGCGAAGAAACGGAAAAAACUACAGCGGAACCAAAUGAAAGCGUAUCGGAAAUUGAGUUUAUUGUUGUUAACAAACGCAAAAAGCGGAAAAUUGUUACUAUGCAGAACGAUCUACUGGAAAGAAGUGAGCGACUCUCAUGUGAAUUCGAAGAAACGGAAACUACACACGAUUUCGAUUACUGUGCGAAUCGUAUUGAACCGGGUGAACCGUCCUCCAGUGAUGAGGAGUGCAGUGAAAAGCCUCAAUUGGUGCGCAACAAAGUAGCAAUGGAUAGAAAUACACUGUUCAUUGAAAGUAUGCGUCUUAUAAAAGCCACACAGCAGCGCCAAGAGGUCGCACGGAUCGCCGCAAGUAGUGCAGUUGAGAGCAAAUCCAGCACUUCUCACCUUGUGCGCGAUAGAUGCUCGAAAGCAAUCCGAUCCCAACUCUGUGAUGUGUGUGGCAAAGUAGUGCAUAAGCUCAGUGACCACAUGUCAAUCCAUACGAAAGAGAUGAGGUACGCAUGUCCCCACUGCCCGGUUAGGAUGGCCAACCAUGGAAAUUUGUAUCGACAUGUUCAGGCAGUCCACAUGAAGCGGAUAAUGAAAACUUGCAAAGAUUGCAACAAAGGAUUUACGAGCGAUGGCUCGUAUAAAUCACAUAUGCGAUCUGAACACGGAAUUGGUGAAACAUACGAGUGCAAACUGUGCCCUAAGAAAUUCAAUCACCCAGGAAACUAUCGCGUACAUAUAAUUCGAUGCCAUAGCGACGAAAGGAAAUUCACCUGUUCUAUUUGUGGGAAACAGUUUAAAGAGAAGCGCGAUCAUCGAAAUCAUCAGCGAGUACAUUCGGACGAUAAACCGUUUGCCUGCAGCCAGUGCCCGAAAGGAUUCAAAAGUGAGUACGCUAGAAAAACGCACGAAUUAACGCACGCUGGUGUCGUUUUUAAAUGUACAGUCUGUGAUAAGUCCUAUCGGUACAAAUGUCUGCUAAACAUUCACAUCAAGAAAGACCAUCCAGAAAUAAAGUCUGCGGAUGCCGACAAUUGA